AUGGGCGCACCAGGGGGGCACAUCACACAGGCGCGUCGCGCGCAGGCACAAGCGGUGAAAGUCCCACCGGGGUCACUCAGAGGCCGAAGGGCGGCGCCCGGUGACUCAGGCUCCGCAGCGCGCUCCCCACCUGCAGGACUCAGCUCCGGGGCAAUCCGGUCCCCGCCCCGAGGGCCCCGGGAGCCUGCACGGGGGUGGCCUCCUCGCCCUCCGCCGACGGAGCCGGGUCCCAGCGGCCCGGGAGCGCCGCCUCGGCGGCCUCGGGCUCCAGGGGACACAAAGGCCGCCGGCCGGCUGCCAGCGGGGCCCCGGGAGGUGCGGUCCGCGGCGCUGCGCGGCUCUGCCCGGGGUCGUCACGCCGCCCGCCGCCCCGGCCUUCCACAGCCGAGCCCGAGCGGGCCGCGGAGCCGGGCCAGGCGCCCCUCAAACGGCCUGCGACUCAAGUGCGCAGGCACCGGCGCUCCAGCCGCCCCCAGCCACCCCGCCCGUGAUGUCGGGCCGCGGGGUCAGCGCGGAAGGCGGGGCUUAAACAUGGUCGCCCGCGCGUCGGCGACGCCGGGGUGA